GCAUCCGCCUUCUGGAACCUAACACCAACCGGACGACGAUACCUUUUUUUAACCGUUUGCCUGUUUCCAAAUCUCCAUUUGUCUUGACAAUCCUUCGAUACGACUUUCUUUUACUUUCUUUUAUAUAUAUACUUAGGUGGAUAGAGAGGAGCGAGAGUGCCAGGACAAAUGAGUUCCUCACGAUAUGAGCGGGUAGCCGCAGCAGACGACGAUUACCUCCCUACACCCACAACCCCCAACUCGCCACCCCCUUCCUUCCGCUCCCACGACUCAUCUCCCACCCGCGCCCGAUCCUCCAGCCACCCCGCCCUUGCAGACCAGAACCUCGCCGAUGCCUUUGAUGCCGACGGCUCAGAUAGCGACGAUGACAACGACGGCGACGACCGGCAGCGGCUGAUGCGGGGGACCGCGACGGAUUCGUCAUCAGCACAUGACACACCUACAGGAAGCGACUCCGAUGCGCCACCCAGGACAGACGGUGCGAUACAGCUCGCUGAUACAAGGCCGGCACAUACACCUGUUUUUGCGCCCACGAUACAGGGGAGGGUUUUUGGAGGUGGAAGCGGUAGUGAUGGCGUCUUUGCGAAUCUGAGCGCCAAGCCGGAGAGAGGCGAGAAGGUGGAGGAACACCCUCCUACAUACGAACAAGCCGCCGCAGAUGCAGCGCCCCCAUACUGGGAGACGACGAUUGUCGCCCCCGGAUCGUACGACCCGAACGAAGUGUACAUCGACGGCCUCGCAGUCGGCUCCUUCUUCUCCUUCGCCUGGAACGGCAUGAUCAGCAUGUCCUUCCAGCUCGUCGGUUUCCUCUUCACCUACCUCCUCCACACCACCCACGCCGCGAAGAACGGCUCCCGCGCUGGCCUCGGCGUCACCCUCAUCCAGUACGGCUUCUACAUGAAAGGCGCCGAUGAUGGGGACUCAGCGGUACCAGGAGACUCCUCUGGCAAUGCACCGCAUAAUCCGGAUGGCCAUGAUUUCGAGGCUGGAGAUGGCGGGCUGAAUGGCUAUGACUGGGCGGCGUAUAUUCUGAUGGUGGUGGGCUGGUUUAUUCUCAUAAGGGCUAUUAGCGACUUUUUACGGGCGAGGAGGCAUGAGCAGCUGGUCCUGCAGAGCCCCGAUAGGGGGCUUGGGACGGCGGUGGUGGCGGAGGGCGAGGCCCCAACUACUGCUGUUUAAAGGCGUUCUUUUGUUUUUAUUAGUGUGCGGCGAUGUGGUUGGUGGGAUAGGGGGGUACUUGUUCA